CAAAGUGUAGCCCAGUCACCUACCCUCAAGAGUCAAGAAGACAGAAUAUCUCAACACAAUAGCCAUCGUCUUCGUCUCUUCGAGCAACACAGAUUGAGCGAUCUUUCAGUUUCAGUUUGGGAGAUGGCUGCCGGCCCGGGUAGCGCAACGGUGGAGCGGUUCAUCGUCGGAGCCCAGAAGUCAGCCAACCAGCUCAAGGUUGUGCUGGCCAAGCUACUGCCGGGUGCCGGAUUAGGCGCUCGCGCCGGAGCAGGAUCCCCUGGCAGCGCCGACGCCGUGGAGGCCCUCCUGUCAGACAUCACGGAUUCGCUUUCUCAAGCGCUCGCGUCUCUGCGGCUCGGCGCGCUGGACACUCAGCGAUCGCCAUGGCAGAGUUCUACUGGUGCUGCCGAGGCCGCCGCCGGCGGCGGCGGCGGCGGCGGCGGCGGCAGGAGAUCUGCGCCGAGGAGAAGUGGUCAACGGGUCAGGAGGGAUGGAGCGUGCCGAAUGAUUGUACUACAAAAUGGAGUUCAAGAUUCCUACACAUGGAGGAAGUACGGGCAGAAGGAAAUUCUCGGCGCUAGAUUUCCAAGGAGUUACUUCAGAUGUGGCCGCAAGCCCGGCUGCCCUGCGCGGAAGCACGUUCAGCAAUCCGGCGCCGAUCCCUCCAAGCUCGAGAUCGCCUACUUCGCCGCGCACACCUGCGACGACCCGCCACGGUCGCCGUCGUCACCACGCAUUGCGCCGGCGGACCCGGUGCCCAUCUCCGGCGCGCGGGUGGAGAACACGGCGGCUCGGCUUGCGCCCGUCGCGGCCGCAGCUCCGUCAGCUCAUCAGCGUUGCGCCGGCCAACCGUCACCGAUGGCCGGCCACAGCGUCGUCCCGAUCAGGACCGCCGGUGUUCUUCUGCCAGCAGCUGCCGCCGCUCCGGCAGCUGCUCCGUCGUCUAGCACACAGCAUGAUCCCGUUGCUGAUGACGACACGGCCUUCACACCGUCGAUGGUGGAGGAGGAGCGAGCCGAGCUGCUCUUCAUACCUUCGCCGGCGUGCUCACAGUCGGAGCUGCUGCCCGUGGAGAGAGCCAACAAGGUCGAACCGCAAGGUCCGCCGGUGUGGAUGGAGCAUGACGACGAGCCUGUCAUUGUUUCCGACUUUGUGGUGCCUUUUUUUGAGCAAUCUGGUUUGCGAGAGGAAGUAGGUGGUGUGCCGGCCUUCUUUACGGUGCCUGAGAUGUAGCGUUCGUGUAGUAUAAAAGGACUGAAAGCACAUCACCUUAUUAAGAUAUCAUCUAUAUGUGUAACUUUAUCUAGUCACAAGUGCCAUCGAUCUUAUUACAGAAUACAACUAAAAAAAUC